AUGAGGACCAUUCUUCCUGUGUGUGGAGGAGGUGAUGGAGGGGAGUCCCGCGGCCUCCGCAGCAGGGUGGGCAGGAUGAAGAAGCUGCUGUGGCUCAGGCCGAGUCACUGUGUGGACGUCCACAUGGACACGGAGCCCGGCGUGUGGCUGACGAGCUUCCAGUUGUUGGACACUGAUGGACAGUGUGAGGUGAAGUACACGCAGGGGGGGCUGGAAAACCUGGAGCUGUCCAGAAAGUAUUUUGCCCAGGCACUGAGGCUGAACAACCGAAACAUGAGGGCAUUGUUUGGUCUGUACAUGUUCUCCCACUCUCAAACUGGUCCAUCCACUGUCACGCUUUCGGCGUUCAGCUCCAACGUUGAACUCUACAGACCGAAGAUUUUAGGAGUUCCUCUCUCCAAGAGGAGGACAAACAUGGGAAAAUGGCAAUUAUCGAUGGACCCAGUGCAGGAGUGGGGGGAGGAGGAGGAGGACGGGGCUGUGUUUGGUAUCACGCUGCGCAGGGAGCCCGUCCAGCUGGCCUCAGACACGGCAGAGCCCCCUACAGCCCUCGGCUUCGUCCAGUAUCACACGGUGAAGGUGCGCAGGCUGAAGGCUGCCACCCUGGAGCGUUUGGUCACCCACCUGCUGGAACCCAAGCACCAGGAGCCCAACUACAUCCGUAUCUUCCUCUCCACCUAUAGAGCCUUCACCUCCACCAGCACACUCAUCGAGCUGCUGUUUCAGAGAGAGGACUCCAUUGCCAACCUGGAUAACACAGUCUGCCCACGCAGUACCUUACCCCCAGUGAUCCGGCUGUGGCUGAAGGAGUACAGUGAAGACUUCCACGAGCCCCCUCAGUACCAGGCCCUGCGACUAUUGUGUGUCCACUUGCGGCAUCGCCUCUGCUUCAGACGCUUGGCUCAGACUGCCGAGACCCUCCUCAAGAGGCUCCAGGAACAAGAUUGCAGCCAGUCUGCGUCAAAGCACAGCAGUAAAUCAUUGCAGCAGGAGCACAGAGACCAGGAGCACGAGCACAGAGACCAGGAGCACAGAGACCAGGAGCACAAAGACCAGGAGGACGGAGGAGAGUUGUCCACUAAGGAGGAAGACAAAAACAACUUUAUGGACUUUCCUGUGAGAGAAGUGGCGGAGCAGCUGACCAGAUUGGACGCUGAGCUGUUUGUCAGAGUGGUGCCCUUCCACUGCCUGGGCUGCGUCUGGUCCCAGCGCGACAAGAAGGAAAACCGAAACCUGGCGCCCACAGUCCGUGCCACCAUCUCCCAGUUCAAUGCCGUUACUAACCGUGUCAUCACCUCACUCCUCUACCCGUCCUCUCCCAGCCCUUCCACUUCCUCUCCCAUCUCAUCACCCAGCUCCUCCUCUACCUUCCUGUACCCCUCCACUGCCCCGAGCUCACCACGCUGCGCUCACACCAGACCCGCCCACAGAGCACGCAUCAUUGAGAGGUGGAUCGCCAUUGCUCAGGAGUGCAGACAGAUGAAGAAUCUCUCCUCUUUGAGAGCCAUCCUUUCAGCUCUGCAGUCCAACGCUGUGUAUCGCCUCAAGAAGACCUGGGCUGCUGUCAGCAGGGAUAGCAUCGCCAUCUUUGACAACUUGUGUGAGACUUUUCCUGAUGAGAACUGUGUGCUAACCAGCAGAGAGAUCUUGGUGGAGGAUGGGAGUCAUCCAGAUGGCAGUGCCACCCUCAGCUCCAAAUCACCCCGACUCUGUUCAGCGUCCAGACAGAUGAACUUCAGCAGUGGUGUUGUGCCAUACCUCGGCACUUACCUGACUGUCCUCACCAUGCUGGAUACAGCACUGACUGACACUGUGGAGGGUGGACUCAUUAACUUUGAGAAGCGCAGACGGGAGUUUGAGAUUCUCUCCCAGAUCCGGCAGCUUCAGGCCUCCUGUUCCCACUACAGCCUCCCAGUCAACCCUCACAUCACCACCUGGCUGCAGGAGCACACACUGCUCACAGACCAGGAGAGCUAUGAGCUGUCUCGUGACCUGGAGCCUCCAGUUGACCCAUGUCCCAGUUCUCCCAACUCAUGGAGCAGUCGCCUGCUUACUAAGAAGCUCGCCUCGUUGCGAACAGCCAGUGACAGCUCCCUAAGGAAGACCCACGCUGACCAGAUCAGUGUGUCGUCUUCUGGCUCCAGCAGCUCGGAAAUGGAGGACCUGUCCGCCCCUCAGCCCUCCCCCCUGAGACUCAAACUCAAGCCUCCUUCAGCUCCUCACAUCCGGACCUCAGCUCUCCUUCUCUGGUUCUGAACCCGGAGUCGUCAUCAUCCGGCUGCUCUCCUCAGGCCGCGGUGCCCGUCUACAACAAACAGGUUGCUGACUCAUGUAUCAUCAGGGUCAGCGUGGAGUGUGUCAGCAAUGGAAACGUCUACAAGAGCAUACUGCUGACCAGUCAGGACCACACGCCGCAGGUGAUUCAGAGGGCUCUUGAAAAACACAACAUGGAGGAUGUCAGCUGCCAUGAUUUCAGCCUCUGCCAGAUGCUCAACAGUGGGAAAGAGCUCCAGAUCCCCGACAAAGCUAAUGUAUUUUAUGCCAUGAGCACCUCCGCCAACUAUGACUUUGUGCUGCAUCAGCGCUGGAGGAGCCACGGGAGACAUCUCGGAUGCUCUUCCAGUCCUGGAGCUCAACCCAAGAGCCGCCACGCCAAGUGAAAAGCAUCCGUCCUGGCUGAAUGUCAGGAGUGUCCUUCUAGAAGACAGAGGAGCUGCUCAUCUGCUACAACGGCCCAACAGCACAUCUGUGGCCAUUGAGAAGUUGUCACUGUGCAGCAAAUAUGAGCCACUCCGCCACAGAGAUUCCCUGGGAAACUGGAGAGUUUCGACUGAAAAAUAGACUUGAGGACCUCUCAGCCUUCACUGGGAGCAACACUGAUGUGUUAUACCAAGAAUUAUUCUGGACUGUUUAAAGAGAGAUGCGAGAAGAGAGAAAUGUUAAAGUAUAUAGAAGAAAGACACCAAGAAGAAAGAGCAAAAUAAAACAAGACUUUGUGGAAGAAAUUAGGAUUUUGUAAUCUCAUAUUGUUCUCCAUCAUCUUAAACAUCGACAUCUUUUGGAUAAACGAACCACAACUUACCCAGGACCUUUUUUCCUAUAAUAGUACACACUUGUUUCAUUGCACAUUACAUUGUGGAUUAUUACACAUCAUAAACUGAACAGCACUAGAGGUUUCACUGCAGCUAAAUACAGACAUCAGGAGCAGCUGCUCUGGGAAACAGCCACGAGUCGUGUUUCUACAGGAGGAAAUCGGGCCGUUGUUGUCUGGGACUGGUACAUCAGAUGUGGGGACUGAAUGACUGACUCCUUUUUAACUACACAAAGCUGUGUGACCAAGUUGGGAUGCUCACUAUCAGAUGAUGAGUAAGCAUUCCCAUAACAGAUCUGGGUCAAAUGUUAAAUCAGUCUGAUUGAUGAACACUGAGACUUAAACCAAAUGGUGUUUGAAACACCGUUUGGACCCAGGCCUGUUACUCCUCUGAGAGUCACUAGUAAGUAUUCAGUUAUCUUCUAGUUGAGGAUUUAAAUGUUUUAAUGCAACUUAAUGUAAUUUUAUCAAUUUAAAUUAUUUAUGUAUCUCAGUAUUCAGCUUUUAGGGCAACGUGGCACGAUGAAAAUGUGUUAAUUUGUGUUUGUUUUUCGUCUUCAUUUUGGAUCCUCUCCUCAGUCUUUAAUGCUAAACUGUCUUUCAGACAUAAAUGUACUUAAAUUGCUUCAGUAUCUACUAAGCUUAACUUAAGUUUAUUAUUUUCAAUGAAGAAAGCUGACUUUUUACUGUCUGCUGAUAAAUAUUAAAUGAAGGAUUUAUUGUAUGUGAGCAUGUUACAAAUGCAUUUAUAUCAAAAGGUAUCUCUUUUGUGUUUUCCUCCCUGAUAAUGAAGGCUGUGAUUCAGGUGAGGCUGCUCCUAACUGAAGUCUCUAAUCUAGGGUAAUCAAAGAAAUAAAACAGGCCUUCUACAAUGAGUGGCAUAUAGCUCACUCCACCUGCGUUACGCUGUGGAGGAUUGAUCUGAAGAAUGGUUCAUGUAUGUAAAAAUGAAGUGUCCCAGUAAGUGAAUUUGAUUUGACAUAUAAGAUCAGCUCAGAAAUGUGAAAUCCUACACAACACCCUGAGGCAGCUUUCUGCAAGUAUUAAAAGUGAAAAACUUUUUCAAGUCAAUUUUGAUUUGUUGUUGGUCGUUGGAUGAUGUACACAAAGUGGUUCAGACCCCUGUUUUAAAUGAACAAAAACACUGGUGAAGUUUCUCCUCAGCUUUGUGCAGGAUUUUGCGUCUCUGGGUGCAGCUUCAGUGCUGCGGUGGAUUGUUAGUCAGGUGAGAGGUUGGUAAGAAAGGUCUGGCAGCUGCAAUAUACAGUAUGAAGGAUUCUUCAGCGUGACUAUGUCUGUCUGUCUUGUCUGUGUGUUUGACAACUGUAUUGUUAGAAUGCUUUCAUGCUUAUUCUCGCCUUUAUUGUGCGUUUGAAGUGAAGUUGUCAACAUUACUGUAUGCGAGUUGUAAUUUAAGCCUACUUGUCUUUGUGCUACUAUUUUAUUUCAACAGAUUCUUUAUUUUUAAAAUUAAAUCUAAGCACUAGCUGGUUAUAGUUGGUAUUAAAUGUCCACCAAUAAAGACAAUUUAC